GUAUUCUCCGUUGUGGUGUUUGGCUCUAUAAUAAAUGAAGGUUACAUCAACAUCAACAGCCCUGAACUGCACUGUGUGUACAACAAAAAUGAAGGAGCAUGCAACUACGCCAUCUCCAUCGGAAUCAUUGCCUUCUUCGCUUGUAUCUUCUUCCUCUUCCUGGACAUUAAUUUCGCACAGAUCAGCAGCGUAAAGGACAGAAAAAAGGCUGUCAUAUUGGACAUGGGCUUCUCAGCGUUUUGGGCCUUCCUCUGGUUCGUGUGCUUCUGUUUCCUGGCCAACCAGUGGCAAAGGACGCCUUACUCACAGGAAGUGGACCAAGCAGCUGAUGCGGCAAGAGCUGCCAUUGCCUUUUCCUUUUUCUCUAUCAUCACUUGGGUUGUCAUGGCAGUGAUGGCCUACCAGCGAUUCCGCCUAGGGACCGACAUGUCUCUCUUUGCGACGGAUCAGUUUGGAAGUGGACCCAAUGGUGGAUACCCAGGAUACCCAACGGGCAGUGGAAUUGAGACCACGGAAACUUAUCAGAGCCCUCCUUUUACUGAAAAUGCGGACAUCAACCCCAAGGGGUAUCAGGCGCCCUCUUACUGA